AUGGCAACCUUGACUCUAACUGGCUUGGAGGAUGGAACCAUGAGCAACCUGCUUGAUUAUGUGGAUUUCAGCAACACCAGCCUUCUCACUAUCAUGUGUUGCCACAUUCCAGACGAGGGUAGGAGGUUUGGCUACGUGGAGCAGCUUCACCUUGACGAUCUCCAUGGAUGGCCAGAUCUAGUUGAUUUGCUGGAUGAAUGGAACGGCCUCCACCUUUCGAUUAUGAGACAUGCUGGGCCAUUGGACCCUGUCCUUCGCCUUCUGGCCAAACGUCGCAAGACGGACGAAUGCAGCAUGAAUGAACUCCUGCUCGAUGACUGCACAAAUGGCAAGGGUGAUGCAAAGGCUAUGCAAGUCCAGGCAUCCAACAGAUUCUUCGUGGAUGUACAGUAG